AGUAAAACAUAAGUUGCAAUAAUAAAUAAAACAGGGGUUUUAUGUUAUAUUUAAUAAAUUGAUGUACCUACUUUUUUAAAAUUAGUAUCAUAAAAUAUCAAUCAGAAAAAAUUUAAUCGAAACUGGAUAAAUAAUUAUGACUUGGAUUCCAUCCCCGUCUCUGACAGAGACAUGUUCUCUAAAUGUGACGAUCACAACGUGUCAAACAGGAAUUUGUGCAUUUUUAGCACUUAUAACAAGUUUAUAUGGCAAUAAAAGUAACAGAAAUAAUAAUGGAAUAAAUUCAAAUAAAGAUACAACCUUUGGAUCUAAAGAAUUUGACUUCAUAAUAAUUGGAGCUGGCUCAGCAGGAUGUGUUCUUGCCAAUAGAUUAACGGAAAUCAAGGAAUGGAAUGUACUUUUACUGGAAGCUGGACCAGAAGAACCGAACAUAACUGAAGUGCCUUCCCUUGCACCUUUUGCCAUUCAAAGUAAUCUUAAUGGAAUGUAUCUCACAGAACCGGAUGGAACUUCAUGUAAAUCAACAGGAGGACGUUGUAGCUAUUAUCAUGGCCAGGUCAUGGGAGGUUCCAGUUCAAUUAACAGCAUGAAAUACGUAAGAGGUAAUCGCGAAGAUUAUGAUUCAUGGGCAAAAUUGGGAAACACUAAUUGGCACUUUGAAGAAGUUCUGUUCUACUUCAAAAAGUCGGAAAACUAUAAGAAGAAAAAGAUGACACCACAGGAUUUACAGUAUCAUGGGACCGGAGGAUAUCAAUCCGUAGAACAAUUUCCAUACGACGAUCGGAAUGUCAAUAUUUUGAUGAAUGCAUGGAAUGAAAUUGGCUACAAAAGUGUCGAUGUUAAUAUGGGAGGAAAAGUAGGCGUGAGUAAAACGCCAAACACUGUAAGAGGUGGACUACGUCAAAGCACAAAUAGUGCAUUUCUUAAACCAAUUAGAAGAAAGAGAACCAACCUUGUAAUUCAAACUUAUGCUCGUGUAACAAAAAUACUUAUCGACGCGAAUACGAAAAAAGUCACUGGUGUGAAAUAUACAACUCCCAAUGGUAUUAGAACUACAACCUGUAUAAAAGAAGUAAUUCUUUCAGCUGGUACUCUGAAUUCUCCCAAAAUUCUAAUGUUAUCUGGAAUAGGACCAGCAAAAGAACUCCAUAAACAUCAAAUAAAAGUAAUUAAUGAUUUGCCAGUUGGAUACAACCUUCAGGAUCAUGUAUCAGCAAUUGCGUAUCAUCUUUCAUUAUCUAACAAAACAGCUACAGAAAAAAGCAUUGAAGGACAAAAAUUGGAUAUGAACCAAUACCAGAAGUCUCAUUUGGGACCCCUAUCUUCUAACGGAAUUGUCACUAUCAGUGCAUUUGCAAAGACAAAAUAUGAAUCUACCAAUGCCCCUGAUGUACAAAUAGUUUUUACUGGCACAAAUAAACGUCAAUUAACCGCGCCAUCUGGUUCAUGUAAAGAAACUAUUGGACCUCUUGCAUAUUACGAUUCCAUGAGCGUAAAAGUUAACUUAUUUGCUAUCAAGAGCAAAGGAUAUUUAAAAUUGAAUAAUAGUGACCCAGUAGACGGUGUUCCUCUUAUUUAUCCAAAUUAUAUUACAGAUGAAUCAGAUAAAAAUAAACUGAUCGAUGGUUUUCGAAUUGCAAUGAAGUUGUUGAAUACGGCAGCUUUUAAGAAAAGUGGAUAUCAAAUCCUCGAUGUUCCGCUAAAAGCAUGUGAUAUGUGGGCAUUCAAUAGUGCUGAUUAUUGGGCGUGUGUAGCAAAAGAAUACUCAGGAACUACUUAUCACUAUGUGGGAACUUGUAAAAUGGGGCCUAAAAAUGACAGUGGGGCUGUUGUUGAUCCGCGAUUAAAAGUUUAUGGAGUUAAUGGACUUCGAAUAGUAGAUGCGUCAAUUAUGCCUGUUAUUCCUCGAGGUAACACAAAUGCACCGACAAUUAUGAUUGCUGAAAAAGCUGGAGAUAUGAUAAAGGAAGAUUGGUUAUGGUCAGGUAGACAAAAGACAGUAGACAAUCUUGAUGGCAAUUAAAUCCUACAUUCAGAAUAACAUGAUACGCAAUCGAAAGUAAUAAAUGUAUUAUUUUUAAUGCAAAUAUUGCACACUAUUUUCCCUAUCUCUUUUACAGUCGAUUCAAAAUGUUUAAGUAUUUUGAAACUGAGUUCGUUUUAAAUCAGACAGACAAGAGACGGGGUGGGAGAAUUCGAAAGAAAAAAGUUGAAAAUUAACAAAAUGAUGGUGGUUUGUUUGAAAAUAUAGGAAGUGGGCCAAAGUCAAGUCAGCCAAACCAUCAGAUUGAGUUGAGCUUUGGCAAACGAAUUUCUAAAAAAUUUAAACAAAUUUUCUCGAGGCCAUUUUUUGUGUGAGACGCAUUAUAAGACGGAAAAUUUAAUUAAAAAUAAAUAAUUCCACUUUGCGGUACAACUAUUCAAUACGAAAAAAGACAACAUAAAUACACAAACAUUAUGGUUGACAGUUUUUUGAUACGACGCAUACCUUUUUUAUCGUGAGAAGUAACAUCAAAAAUUAAUUCUUAAUUUUUUUCCGGUACUUAGUAUAUUAAUAUAGUGAUAGCACCGGAAAAUGCCUUUACUACAUUAAUAUUGAAAAUUAAUUUUUGGAAAACCAACACAAGAUACGGAAAAAAUAAAUAAAAAAAUUUUGUUCACCAAAAGAGAUCUACUUUGCAAACUAUGAUAUCAAACAGUCUCCGAAAAAACAUUCUUAGUUGAUUCCAUUAAAAAAAUUGAGCCCAAUUGCUAAAAAAAUAGCCGAACU